AUGAGUGGCAGCAGUGGACAGACUGAGAUUCAAAAGUACAUGUCCCUAGCUAAGUUUGGCCUCUUUGACCAUACUGAACCCCCCAGAAGAUCUGUAGGCAGACUUAUCAUGCAUAGCAUGGCUAUGUUUGGCAGGGAGUUUUGCUAUGCUGUGGAAGCUGCUUAUGUGACCCCAGUGCUACUCAGUGUGGGCCUGCCCAAAAGUCUGUACAGUAUAGUGUGGCUCAUUAGUCCCAUCCUGGGCUUCAUGCUGCAGCCAGUAGUGGGAUCAGCCAGUGAUCACUGUAAAUCCAGAUGGGGCAAACGGAGACCCUACAUCUUGACGCUGGGCAUCAUGAUGCUGCUGGGUAUGGCAUUGUACCUCAACGGGGAUGCUGUUAUUUCAGCUGUGAUUACUAAGCCAAGCAAAAAACUGACGAUCUGGGCAGUAACUAUCACCAUGCUGGGUGUAGCACUCUUUGAUUUUGCAGCUGAUUUUAUUGAUGGCCCCAUCAAAGCCUAUUUGUUUGAUGUUUGCUCCCAUCAGGAUAAAGAGAGGGGUCUCCAUUACCAUGCACUCUUCACAGGUUUUGGAGGUGCUCUAGGUUACCUUUUGGGUGCGAUAGACUGGGGACAUUUGGAACUGGGAAGAUUGCUGGGCACAGAAUUUCAGGUCAUGUUCUUCUUCUCGGCUCUGGUGUUUACCACCUGUCUCAUCAUACACUUGUGCAGCAUCCCUGAAGCACCUCUUUGUGAUAACCAAGAAGACAGCACACUGCAGCACCUCCCACAGGGCCCUCUGCUGAUGCAAAAUGGAGGCUAUACCUAUGGUUCUCUAGAGAGAGUCAAAAAUGCUUUUAUGAGAACAGAGCAGACUGAACUAGCCACAGCAAAACUGGGAGAAGCCAAGGAAAAUAAUGGGGAGCGGACUCAGAGCAAGAUGACCAUGAAGUCUUUGCUGAAGACUAUUCUGAGCAUGCCUCCUCACUACCGCUAUCUCUGUGUCAGUCACCUCAUUGGAUGGACAGCUUUCCUUUCCAACAUGCUCUUCUUCACGGAUUUCAUGGGACAGAUUGUGUACCACGGGGAUCCUUACGCUCCACGCAAUUCUACCAGUUUUCUCAUCUAUGAAAGAGGAGUGGAAGUUGGAUGCUGGGGCUUGUGCAUCAAUUCAGUGUUUUCCUCAUUGUAUUCUUACUUUCAGAAAGUUCUGUUAUCCUACGUGGGGUUGAAAGGCCUUUACAUUAUGGGGUAUCUGCUCUUUGGCCUGGGGACUGGAUUUAUCGGACUGUUUCCCAAUGUCUAUUCCACUCUGGUGCUGUGUGCCCUCUUUGGAGUGAUGUCGAGCACUCUGUACACCGUGCCCUUUCAACUUAUUGCUGAAUACCAUCAAGAGGAGGAGGAGGGACAAAACCAGCAACAGGACACAGGGAUGGCCUCCAGUGGUGGCAGAGGGAAGGGAAUCGACUGUGCAGCCCUGACCUGCAUGGUGCAGCUGGCUCAAAUCCUGGUUGGAGUAGGCCUGGGGUUCUUGGUCAUCUCUGCUGGGAGUGUGAUUGUGGUGGUGAUUGCGGCUUCAGCUGUGGCCUUAUUUGGCUGCUGUUUCACGGCUCUCUUUGUUAGAUAUGUGGAAUAG